GUAAUGCUUUCUGCAAGCACCAGUGUCAUCUGGUCAAACAAGCUGCACUUCCAAGAAAGUAGGAGUUCUGAGAGUUUCUGACAUGGACUGAGGUCAUGAAGAUGUAAGGCAGAAAGUAUGGAGUCCAGAAACCAGAGCCUCCCUGCUGUAGGAAAAGUCUGAAUGGAGGAUUUAGAGUGGAGCAGCAGAAAGGGGAGGAAUGAGUGACAGGUGGGGAGAAGGAAAAGCUUCAACACUCCUUCCAUAGACGGAGGGACGUUCUUCUAAACUUCUUUUUUUCUGUUUGUGUUAUGACUGCAUCAACACAAACCUGACACUCUAAUGUGCAGGUCUGUGCCUGCACGAGCGUCUGCUGUCUGAGCGCAUGCAUCCAUGCAUACAUCUGAGAACGCUGCAUGUGUGUCACUGUGUGUGUGUUGUAAGUCAGUGAGAGAGGGACAACAAGGGAGUGAGAGCAAGAGAGAAAUGAGGGAGUUUUGAGAGGCAAACGGGAGAUCCUCAUGUGCGGCUUUGCGCUCUUUCCCGGCAAGUUUCCCGCCGUCCCUCAGGAUUCUUUACGUUCAGAGUAAAGAAGUUCUUCUUUGACCACCUCCAGAUCCACUCCACCUUUCACUCUCUCCAUUCCAUCACGGACAAACUUGGCCUUUUCCAGUCGCCGCUCCUUGACCCCCCAAGUCUCCUCUGAUCCCCUGAUGGGCUCCAUAUCAGACAGCAGCUCCGAAUUCCCUUCAUCGACUCUGAGAAGCUGUCUCCGCCCCUAACCGCCUCGCCCCCGUCCACACACCCUAAGCCCCGAUGGAGUCUAAAGACACCAUGAUGACGAGCAUUCUUACCACGGACAAACAGGAGUACGAGGAGGGCAAAGGGAGCAGGAAGGAGGAGACGCCUCAGGAAGACGCUAACCUGCCGUUAGUCGAUGGCGUCGCUGACAGAGGACCCAAGACCUCCGGCACGGGUCAACAGGUGUCCAACGGCUUCACAACGUCCACCCCUCAGAGUCCUAGAGAGGCAGCGGGCACUGCGGUGGGGGCCCCGGGGAUGCCCCCUGCCCCCGGAGGGGGCCCUGGGGCCUCGGCGCCCUUCGGAGGCCUAAGAACUCUGGUGGUCCAGCAGACCAGCCUGGACAGGCCCAGAGAGACUUGGAGCAAGAAGAUGGACUUCCUGCUGUCGGUGAUCGGCUACGCCGUGGACCUGGGCAACGUCUGGCGCUUCCCGUACAUCUGCUACCAAAAUGGAGGAGGUGCUUUUCUGCUCCCCUACCUGUUGAUGGCGGUGUUCGGAGGUGUGCCGCUCUUCUACAUGGAGCUGGCUCUGGGGCAGUUCCACCGCAGCGGUUGCAUCUCCAUCUGGAAGCACAUCUGUCCCAUCUUCAAAGGAAUUGGCUUUGCCAUCUGCAUCAUAGCUCUCUACAUUGCCUUCUAUUACAACACCAUCAUGGCGUGGGCCCUCUACUACCUGCUGUCGUCUUUUCGGCCCACCCUGCCGUGGACCACCUGCACCAACAGCUGGAACACGGUCAACUGCAACCGCUACCUGUCCUCCGACCAGAACGUCACUUGGUCCAACUCGUCCACGUCUCCCGCCGAGGAGUUCUAUACUCGCCAGGUGUUGCAGGUCCACCUCUCUUCGGGUCUGCACCAGCUGGGCUCUGUCAGCUGGCAACUGGCCCUCUGUCUGCUCUUCAUCUUCACCAUCGUUUAUUUCAGCAUCUGGAAAGGGGUCAAGACGUCAGGAAAGGUGGUAUGGGUCACGGCCACAUUCCCCUAUCUGGUUCUGCUGAUCUUGCUGAUUCGAGGGGCUACUCUACCCGGGGCCUGGAGAGGUGUCGUCUUCUAUCUCAAACCAGACUGGGAGAAACUGCUCAGCACCACGGUGUGGAUCGACGCAGCCGCUCAGAUCUUCUUCUCCCUGGGUCCGGGCUUCGGCGUGCUUCUCGCCUUCGCCAGCUACAACCCGUUUCACAACAACUGCUACAAGGACGCGUUGGUCACCAGCUCGGUGAACUGUCUGACCAGCUUCCUGUCGGGCUUCGUCAUCUUCACAGUGCUGGGAUACAUGGCCGAAAUGCGGCAUCAGAACGUGGAUGAUGUGGCCAAGGAUGCAGGCCCCAGUCUGCUGUUCAUCAUUUAUGCAGAAGCCAUUGCAAACAUGCCUGCCGCCACGUUCUUCGCCAUCAUCUUCUUCCUCAUGAUCAUAAUGUUGGGUCUGGACAGCACGUUUGCAGGUUUGGAAGGGGUGAUCACGGCGAUGCUGGACGAGUUCCCGCGUCUCCUCGCUCACAGGCGAGAGUGGUUUGUCUUUGGUCUUGUGUGCGUCUGCUACCUGGGAGCCCUGUCCACACUCACAUAUGGAGGAGCGUUUGUGGUGAAGCUGUUUGAAGAGUACGCCACAGGCCCCGCGGUCAUCACCGUGGUGCUGCUAGAGGUCAUCGCCGUUUCCUGGUUCUACGGCACCAGCCGCUUCUGUAACGACGUCCAGCUCAUGCUCGGCUUCUACCCGGGGUGUUUCUGGCGGGUCUGCUGGGUGGCCAUCUGCCCCUGCUUCCUUCUGUUCAUCAUCAUCAGCUUCCUGGCGUUUCCUCCAGAGGUCAAGUUGUUCCACUACAAAUACCCACCGUGGACUACUGUGCUGGGCUACUGUAUCGGAGUGUCCUCCUUCAUCUGCGUGCCGUCUUAUAUGGUCUACCACUUGCUGAACGCAAAGGGCACCUUCAAACAGCGCCUCUUAAAAAGCAUCACCCCAGAGCCCAGCAGUGAAAACCACAGAGACUACAUCGUGACCAACGCAAUCUAACCAAACAGGCUGACCAACAGGAGGUGCCUCUCCGGCUGUCUGAGGCCCCCUCUUCUGGAUAAACUGCAAAACUACAGCAAAAAGGGGAUACCGUUCACCUCCUCUGCCUCUUUUCAUGCUUCAGCUGUUUCUCUCCACCCCACUAAGACUGUUAUUUUGGUUGAGUGAGGCUACAGCAGUCUGUCUGCUUCAUCUUGGGAACAUUUCUGACAUUUUACCCUUCUAACUAUCAGUCACAUUCUUUUUUGUUAUCGACCAAAAACUACAAUUCCCAAAAGCUCCACCCCUUCAGAUUUGGUUUCAUUAAAAUCCCACAUAAGCCCUCUGUAGAAACCAAAAUGAGUUACUUCAGUAGUCUACAAGGGCUGGGAGGCAAUCAGGUUUAGAAAUGUCCUCUGCAUCGGUGGUAGACGGAAGGUUAAGUUACUCCAAAAGCUAUGUGCACACAGGUAUGAGACACACGUUCUUCAUUGUGUGUUUACUCCAUGGUAUUCACACUGGACAAGCAGGGAGGGGCUGCUUAUUCUUUUCAUUUUCUAGCAUUUAAUAGCCCAUGUCCGCCACCUACAGUUGGUAGAGCUUUGCCGUGAAAUGUCAAAGACUUGAUGUCAUAGAAUUCCAUCUGGGUACAAACCACAAUUGUUAAUUUCUCCUCCAUGAUCAAUUUUGAAAAGGGACACCACCCAUCCAUAACUACCAAAUCAAAGUCCCCGAUUGGUCAAAGUCAACCUGGUUUAAUAUUCAAUAAGUGUUCAACAGUUACACAUUUUGUACGUAGAGCCUGAAAAUGGUUUUGGAAACUUGCGUAGCUGAUUAUAAGUAGCUUAUAAGCAUUCAAGUGAUGAAUGCACUCUCCUUGCACACCCGUUUGGCACUCCUUUUUGCAACCUGACUUUUGGAAACGAGGAAAUUAGACAUUCAGUGUGUAGCUUGUGUGGACAUCCCGUAAGCUCUUACAUAUCACACCCACAUGCAUGCAGCAUUAAGGAGCCAGUACUUCCACCUCACCAAUGACUGGAUUGUGGCAUUAGGGCACCAUUCAGCAUCACCACUCGUAUGUCAGCAGAUUCGCACUCUCAACUCGUCACAUAUUGACCCCUCCUCUUCAAAAAUAGACAUUUUGGGUGUCCCUAACUUGUCAUUUAUUUGAUGUUGUGCUGGCUUUUCCCAUUAAAUCACGGGUAACAACCUCCGGUAAAAAACGGAACCGGGACUGGAACCCAGUAUCAGUACCCAAGCCCUAACCCGAUACCAGUUUGCGCCCAGUACCACUUUCAAGCCUGGUGCGUGUCCAGUACUGCAUCUGGUACUGGGUCAGGUCUGGUACUGCAUCUGGUACCAAAUUCGGUUCACGUCCGGUAACGUGUCCGGUUCGCGUCCAGUACCACGUCGAGUCUGGUAUCGCAUCCAGUGUCGGGUUAGGGUACUGGGUUAGGGUACUGGGUUAGGGUACUGGGUUAGGGUACCGGUUGCCUGUGGCCAGAACGCACGUUUACAUAGACUCUCAUUGGACGUGGUCUCUUGAACGCGCGCUGUCGAUGGCCGUGUGAACGUAGCUUGAGUCCCACGACUAUCUUUAUCCAUUCUCUACUAAGUCACUUAGAAACACUUUCCUGGAUAUCUCUUUAAAGUUACACUCAGAAGCCCUGAUGGCUCCACUUCCCUCCUCGUUUGAGGCUGUGUUUUCAUAUUACAUGAAUGAGUUAUGCAUAUGUAGCCAGAUUCAGGUCUAUUUUCUCUGUUACUGAAGCCAAAUACCAGAUCUGCUCUGUUCCUGUCUCUGAAACCUUUUCGAUAGUACAGCUGUCGUGGUGCGCUGUUGACUGUGAGUCUGUCCUCAUCUGGUGAUUUCUUGGAGGAGCGGCAGAUUUGUAGCGAGGUCCCCACACUGUGAAGCCCUGUCUGGUGGUGACAUGAAUGUGUGUGUGUGUGUUUAAAAGGAAGGAGGAAACGUAAUCACAGACAGAAGGAAAAUACACAUGUAUUCGUUCUAUAACUGCAAUAUGAGAUCGAUGUAUUUAUUUUGGAAUGUAGCCGUGCAGGACGUCUGUCGGAGUGGAGGCGGUCCUGAGCUCUCCCUUCUCCUUGUUCUUCAGUAACUGGAUCCAAAUAUGGAUCAGAGCUAAUAAACGAGAAGAAAACCAUCAUCUUUUUUUAUUUUCAACCAAAUAUUUGUGUGCCUCUGUGUGUGCAUGUGUGUACGAGUGUGUUUUCGAAAGAUUUGAAUUAUGGCAAGCACUGUACAUGCUCAAGUGUAUUUACUAAUCAGUCUGGUAUUGAUGUAAUCAUGUGAAGACCCGUCUCCUCCCUUCAUGGAUGUGUGCUGUGGGGGCCCUGUUUCUCGGAUGUGUGUGUACAGUGAUCUUCAUGUGUGGGUGUGUGUGUGUGCGUGUGUGUCGGUGAUGUGAUCUCCAGUUGUCUUGUUAAAUGCCAAACUAUCUAACGAAAAACUCCAUCUUGCCUCUUUCUGUCUCAUACCUCUCAAGCUUAUGUAAGAGUGAUGUAUGUCAAUAAAAGACUGUACUGAGAACCCUCUGUAUAGAAUAAAGAUAUAUAAAUAUAUGGGAAAUAAUAAAGAUAUAUGAACAUUAA